AUGCUCCCAGGCUGGUUCUUUUUUGGAUGGGCCACCUGGUGGCUCAUAGGCGUGUUCAGAUUAUACAUGAACUCCAGCGUGAAGGCUCCAUACAGUGCAAGGACUUGGUAUGACUUUCCCACCUGCAGCAGAGUGCCCGUUGAGCCUCUGCUCAAGGUGCUGCUCACGUUCAUUGGCAUCAAUGGGGAGCUCUGGUUUGGCCAUGAGUCCUGGAGGACACUCUAUGGUGGUGACGGCCGCUUCAUAGUGGACAACAUCAACGAGUGGCAGCACUCGGCCAUGUACGCAGCUUUCAUGCUGUCUGGGAUUGUGGAUUUGGUGGCUUUCUACACCCCACAAGGGACUCUGCCCGCUGGCACAGAGCAGGGUUUUCUGGGGGCAGCGUUUGUGGUGGAGGGGUUGCUGUUCGCGUUCCAUCUGGAGGGCAGCGAGUUGAACUGGAAGGCGCACCUGCUAUUAGUCAUGUCCAUCUUCGCGGCAGCUGCCGUGAUCCUGGCAGAGCUGCCCUUCCCCCAGAGUGCGCUGCUGGGCGUCCUGCGUGCUCAGCUGGUCAUGCUGCAGGGCAUCUGGUUCAUGCAGAUCGCCAAGCUGCUGUUUGAGGACAGCCCGACCUGGGAUCCGCGCUACCAUGGCAGCAUAAUGAUGGUGCCGGUGCUGUACUGCGCCUGCAUCCUCUGCAUCAUCGGCGUCACCUUUGGGGUGUUUGUGUUGCUGCGCCUGUGGCAGUACCGCGUCGCAAAGCGCCCCUUCCGCGCGCAGGGGCGCGAACCGCACGACGAAGAGGAGGGGACCUGGGUGCUGGAGCAGAAGGGGCCCCUGAAGGAGGAGACUCUGCAGAGGGUCAAGGGGGUCUUGAACGACCAUGGGGGCUGGCUCAGCAGCUAUAUUCCGGACAGCUCAGUUCUGGGCAUUGGACCCAGCACCUCUGCUGAAGCUCUGCGCAAUGUCCCGGGUGUGCUCUGGGUGGGUGAAUACAAGCCCGAGUACAAGCUUGCGGAGGACUGGGGACCGCUGCUGGAGGCGGCAGCUGCCGGGAAGCUGCACGCGACGCUGCAGCAGCACCACGAGCAGCUGCGCACGGCGAACGGCAGCUUCCGGGGGACCACUGCGCCAGAUCUGGCGCCGGGGGGCGGCUACAAUGUGGUGAUUCAUGUGCACUUCCCGACCGUGCGCAACGCCACGGCCGCGCGGCUGUCCGGGAGCGGCGCCGUGCCGGCUUUUGCUCCGGCGGAGGCCGCGGCGGCAGAUUGGGCGGCGGAGGCUGAGUGGCGGUAUGGAGGAGGAGUGAGCCUGCGUCCUGAGGGGCGCACGGUGCUCGCCGUCAGUACACAGCCUCAACUGCUGCAGGAGGUGCUGGGCUGGUUGGCGGAGCAGCCAGCGGUGCACUGGUUGGCGCCGCGCGCAGCGCUGCAGCUGCACAACUGGCAGGGGAGCGCGAUCGUGCAGAGCGGGAAUGCCGCGCCAGACGCGCCCGUGGCUUUAGCACAGGACCGGGGCAGCCACCCCAUCUGGGCAGCGGGCCUCACCGGCGCUGGACAGAUCGUCGGCGCAGGCGACAGCGGCAUCGAUCGCAACAACUGCUUCUUCAACGACCCAAACGUUGACUGGAAGGGAGGCCUGAGCACCGAUCGGGGGUCCGGCGUGGUCACUUUUUCCAGCGAGGUGCACCGGAAGAUACGGCUGUACAGGCAGCAGGCGGAUGAUGUGGACAACAAUGGACAUGGCACCCAUACCGUGGCGUCCCUCCUGGGCAGCCCCUUCGACAUUAGCAACACCAAGAACCUGGACUACAGGGGGCUGGCGCCGGACGCGAAGGUUGCCUUCAUAGACCUGGCCAGCCGCACCUCGGGCGGCAUCUACACGCCGCAGGACUUAUCGGAAGCUUACUACCCGUUCAGUUAUGAUGUUGGGGCGCGCGUGCACAGCGACUCCUGGGGUUCGGGGACCGUCGCGCAAGACUACGACUUCAUGGCGUCCGAGGUCGACAUGUUCACCUGGGAGCACCAGGACUUCACGGCGGUUUUUGCGGCGGGCAAUGAGGGGUUCACGGCCAGCCAGCGCGGCAGCGGGGGCCUCACCACAGUGACGUCGCCGGCCACGUCCAAGAACUGCAUCUGCGCGGGCGCCACCAACACGGCGUUCCAGCAGGCGGCCUCCACCGCGUCCUCGCAGUACACCGUGCACCGCAUGUCCAUCUCCCAGCUCGCCGACGGCGGUUCGCAGGUCGUCGACAAGUACCGGGUGAUGCAGGCGUCAUUUGGCGCAUCCAUCCGCAGCCUGUUUGGGCAGCAGAUUGCGCUGAGCGUGGCGCACCCGGCCGAUGGCUGCGCGGCGCUGGACAACCAGGCCGACGUUGCCGGCACCGUCGUGCUCGUCCUGCGCGGCACCUGCUUCUUCGCUGUCAAGGCGCUGAAUGCUCAGACGGCCGGUGCGAAGGCCAUCCUGGUGUACGACGACCAGAUCAAUGACUACUUUGUGCCAGCCUCUGACGGCUCCCUCACAGGCAUCACCAUCCCCUCAGGCGCCAUCCCCCGCCGCACCGGCCAGCUUCUCGUCAGCUCCUCCCUGGCGGGCGGCAAGCUGACGGUGUCAUUUUUGGAAGCGCCGCCGCUGGCGAAUGCGUUUGACAGCCUGGCGGAGUUUUCGUCCAAGGGCCCCACCAAGGACGGGCGCGUGAAGCCGGACCUGCUGGCGCCCGGCACUCUGCAGUCCGCCUACACAGACGGCGAAAACACCUGCUCCCUACGGUACAUGGAGGGGACGUCCAUGGCGACGCCGCUGGUAGCGGCCUCAGCGGCGCUCGUGCGGCAGUACUUUCUGACCGGCUUCUACCCGAGCGGCGCCCCGGUGCCGGCCAACCAAUUCGCGCCAAGUGGCGCCUUAGUCAAGGCCGUGCUCCUAGGUGGCGCCGCCGGAAUGGACGGAUUCGAAUCUGACACGGGUCUGCCGCUCGCGCCGCCGCCCAGCUUCCGCCAGGGCUUCGGCCGGGUGCAUCUCGGCCGCUCGCUGCCCCUGCAGGGCUCGGGGCCCGGCUGGAACUUGCAGGUGGUGGACAUGGCCAAUCUGAGCACAGGCCAGGCGCACCAGUACUGUGUGAGGGGCCUGGGAGGGCCCUUAUCAGUCACCCUUGUGUGGCAUGACUACCCCGCGGCUGUGUCUGCCAAAAAGGCGCUCGUGAAUGACCUGGACCUCACCAUCCGCGCAGCCGGCCUCAACGGCGUUCCCUUGCUGGGGAAUGGCGGCGGCAUUGGCUCGGGCGAUUCCUUCGCACCGGACCGCACCAACAACGUGGAGCAGGUCUCUGUGUCCUAUCUGCCGCCAGGAGAGGUCGCCAUUGAGGUGAAGGCAUUUCAGACGUUUGUCACGCACGGCCCUCAGGCGUAUGCGCUGGUGGUUCUGGGCAAGUUCAGCGGCAUUUUGGCGUCCCCCGGCAACCCUGCCAACGGGGGGACCGCACCCCCCGGCACCUGCCACAUCAUCGUCACCACCAUCACCGGGGGGCCCCAGGGCCUCACCAAUCAGCGAUCGGUGACGUUCGCAUUCACGACGGCCACCGGCAAUCCGGCAGGGGUGAAGUUUGAGUGCGCGCUGACGCCAGGCGCCAAAGCAGGCAAUGCCAGCGCAGCGUACAAAGCGUGCACCAGCCCAACCACGUUUGAUGACCUGGCGGACGGCGCUUACACAUUCAGCGUGCGCGCUCAGGGGGAGGACUCUGCAGACUCCCGCUCCUUUGUCAAGGAGGCCGCUCCAUUCACCGCGCUGCUGGAGGCUGAACCCCACACACAUCUACCGUGUGAUCACAUGGACACAUCGCCGCCCAAGCUCAGCUUCAAUGCAUCGCUACCAGAGUCCGGGACCGCGUCCCCUACGGCGUACCUCAGCUGGGCCGCGGAUGACUCAGCGCCUGUCAGCUACCGCUGCCAGCUCAGCGCGACCGCCGCCAAUUCUGGCGCUCUGCAGCCGCCCGUGCGCGCUCUGCUGCCGGUCGGGCCGCUGCCCACGCCUGCCCUCACUUUGGGCAGCUGGGCAGAUUGCGCGCCACCGCUGCAGCUGUACUGGCUGCUCCCAGGGUCUUGGAGGUUUGAGGUGCAAGGGCAGGACGCAGCAGGGAAUGCGGCGGUGCAGAAUUUGUUGGCAGAGUGGAUUGUGGAGAUGGAGGCCGGAGAGCAAUAUGCGCGCAUCACCGCCGGUCCUUUCGGCCCCACUGCCAACAGGACAGCCCAGUUUGCUCUGCUGGCGCUGGAGGGCGGCGGCGCGCAGGAGACAACAGCCGUCCCUAAUGCGUCAUUUGAUUGUCGGCUGAGCGGCUGGUCCGAGCAGUCCUCCUACAAGGGGAGCACGGUGUGGUCGCCCUGCGACGGUUCCACCGCAUUUAAGAACCUGAGAGAUGGUGACUACACCUUCUGGGCGCGCAUCGCCGGCCGAGCCGAUGCGCCGGAGGCCGCCAUGGCCGCCAGCAACUUCACUGUCGACACUUCGGCGCCUGUGUUGAAGAUCAGCAGCGCUCCUCCGGCGAUCAGCACGGCCUCCACCGUCUCCUUAGAGUUCAAUGCCGACAAAGCGGGCGCAAACUUCUCAUGUCUGCUCACUAUCUCAGGCAAUGCGACGGGAGGGAACGCGCAGCCGACGCCAUGCGCGUCCCCGGCGCGGUGGGAUUCUUUGUCGGACGGGCGUUACAGCUUCUCGCUGGCCGCCGCCGACCGACUGGGCAACAAGGCAGCGCCUGUUCAGGCGGCCUUCCUCAUCGACACGACUCCCCCGGUCAUCGCUGAUGUGGCGUACCCCUUUGCCACGCGCAACACCAGCCUCACCGUCACCUUCAACGCCUCCGACAGCGAAUCCGGCGUCAACAGCACCCAGUGCAGGAUGCGGCCACAGAAGCUGACGUUCUCCAGCGACAGCGCGCAGCUCAAGGGGCCGCGCUACGAGUGGGGGGCCUGCGCCAGCCCCGCCAGCUUCAGCAACCUGACCGAGGGCAAGUGGGGCCUCUCCCUGCGCGCCCAAGACAACGCCGGCCAGACCCGCACCACCAGCGAGGCGGAGGUGUAUGUGACGCGCACGCCCCCCAACGCGACGGUGGUGGGGGGGCCCAGGACGGGGGCCGCCUCGCCGCCCAAGGUGGCCUUCAGCUUUGCGUCGCAGGUCGCCGGCGGCGGCGCAGGCGCGCCCAUCGCCUACAGCGUUUGCCUGCUGCAGCUCGUGGACAACAGCCAGAUGGCGGCGCUGCAGCAGGCAGGAGGCGGGGAGCCGUCGGGGACAGGGAAUGUGAACGUGCAGCUCAAGAGCGUGAGCAGCUUAGCCGCUGAGUCGUGGAGCAAUUGCUCCAGCCCCGCCGAAUUCAAGGGGCUGCGCAGUGGCAACUACACGUUCCAGGUGAAGUCGGUGGAUGCGGCCGGCAACAUUGGCGCGGCUUCGCAACCGUACGCAUUCACGGUAGACGACACGCUGCCGGUGCCGGGCGAGUCGGGCGCGGGGUGGUUCACUGGGUGGCACAGGAUCGCCGUCAUCGCCGGGGCGGCCGCUGCCGGGGUGAUCCUUCUGGUGCUGCUGCUGUGCGCAUGCUGCAUGCGGCGGCGACGGCUGCACCGGCUGCGCUCGGAGGGGCCGGUUGGGGCGGCGCUGUAUCCGCAGUCACACCAUGACCCGGCGCUGGCCGCGGCGCUUCGGGCGUCACUGGCAGAGCAGCAGCGUGCUUCCGCCGCAGCGGCAAACGAGGCGCGCACGCGCGCAGCUCUGGUCGAGUCUCUGGAGGAGGAGCGGAUGCGUCGGGCGUUGGAGCGGUCACUGCUGGAGCAGAGGUCCCCUAGCCGCCGGGAGGGAGCUCAGCAGCCGCUGCCAAGGGAGCCCAGCGACGCGGACAUGCGCCGAGCGCUGCAGGAAUCGCUCGAAGAGGAACAACUGCGCAGGGUGCUGGCAGACUCUGAGCGCGCUGCAGCAACGCCCACAGCGCCUUUGUGGGAUAGGUAGCAAUAAGAAAAUACCAAUGGGAGGAUGAUUGGCAUGCGUUAUGCCGGUGCAUGCAACCGCAGACAGAGCAGCGGCACUGUACCAUUCUUUUCAAGCUGUAGUGUAGUUCUAAUUUGUGCAUGCUGCACUUAAAUUUAUUUGGCGUAUGCUAUAGAACGCAUUGGUCCGGUUUUGGAAUCCAUUUUUGUCUUUAUC